AUAUGCAAUUAUCCUAUGCCCAACAUUUCACUUGCUACUGUACAUGACAAAGUAAAAGGUGCGGUCUGGGAAAAGCGACAAGAGACAGAUAAAGCAGCCAUGCCUGUUCAACUGCUGAAGAUCAUUAAAGGAAAACCUGAGACUCCACUACCAAGCCAUUUGCAGAAAGAGGAUUUGAAACAUUUGCAAGAAGGCUUUGAUCAUACCAACAAAUACUUUCAGGGAAUAGUUAUUCUUUACUAUCCAUUAACAAAACUCAGUGAUGGGAGAGACUUCUUCAAGCUUGUUCUUCAAGAUAUAGAUAACUCAUGUUCACGGAUCGACAGCGUCAAUAUUUUAAUCUAUGGGAAAAUGGCAGAUGAUUGUGCAAGAGUUAUACGCCAUGGGGACACCUUCAUAGUUACAGGAUUUAAGUUGGCAAAAUCGCCUACAGCGGGAGAAGAUGGUAGACAUGGUUACCAUCUGGAGGUGUCUGAAGAAGCUGGAUCAGCCGUUUAUAUUUAUACUAAACCAAGAACAACUGCUGCUUCAGAAACUGCAUCUAUGUCUGUUGCACCAAAAUAUGCGUAUACUUCUCUGAAUCAUCUUAAAGAUGGAACUAUAGUGAAUUUGUACGGCAUUGUGAAAUUCUUCAAACCUCCAUAUGUAAGCAAAGGAACUGAUUAUUGCUCAGUUGUAACACUUGUGGACCCAUCAAAUGUGAAGUUAACAUGCACACUUUUUAGUGGUAAUGUAGAUUCCCUACCAAAAAUUUACAAAGUUGGAGAUAUUGUUCGAUUUCAUAGAAUAAAGAUCAGGGAAUACAAUGGACAGAUGCAGGGAAUUACCAGUGUGGGAUUUGCAUCCCUGACAUUUGAUGGAACUGUAGGUGCACCAGUAGUUCCUCGAACCUCUAGCAAAGUGUACACUUUCAUGGAUGAAGAACAGAAAAUAGUAGAAGAACUACGUGUUUGGGCAGCCAGUAAUCUUUCUGUCUGUGGACCAGCAGCAAAAUUAUCUGGUGUUCAGCCAAUGCUGUUCUUUGAUCUCACUUGCCAGCUGGUAGGAAAAGCGAAAGUGGAUGGAUCUUCUUUUCUUCUAAAGGUAUGGGAUGGCACAAAAUGUCCCUACCCAACAUGGAAAGUGCCUGUGGAAGCAAGAGACGUAGAAGGAGAAAAAGUUCUUCUUCAUCAGCUCCAAAAUCUAAUGGUGGACAUUCUAGUCUAUGAUAACCAUGUACAACUGGCAAAAUCACUUAAGAUUGGAAGUUUUCUGAGAAUUUAUAGUAUUCAUACGAAACAAGCAAGUGCUGUGGAUGAAGAUGUCUCGCAUAUAGAAUUCCAUCUUCAUGGUGGCACCUGUUACGGUCGAGGAAUAGGAGUCUUACCAGAAAGUAACCCAGAUGUUAAGGAACUAAAAGCAUUCUUAGAAACUGUGGAGCUGGCAGACAGUCAGAACAUGGAAAGCAUGUCUUCAGUGGAAUUAGAUGGCACUUUUAACAGUGUUACAGAUUUUGAAUCACGCUUACAGAGAUGUCAGCAGUUACCUGUUACAGUAUUAACAGAUCAUCAGGAUUUGAAUAAUACAGAACUGAAAACCAUUCUGAAUAGCACAGCUCCUCAACAGUAUCGCAUUAGAGCAAAGCUGAGAACUUAUAAACCCCAGAAGCUUUAUCAGUCUAUUAAACUUCACUGUUCCAAAUGCAACUCUUUGCAAGAAGUUCCAGAUGGAGAUGACUUUGACUUUAUUUUACAAGGCUCUGCCAUUACUGCCCCAAACGCAGAAUUACAAAAUACAUCCUGGUAUGAUUCUGUAAUGUGGACUACACAAGAUGAGAAACAAAGGAAAAUAGCUAUCCAUUUUGUAAAGCAUGAUGAAAUGCUUCAACAGCCUGAAGAUACUUUGCUUAUGAUAGAAGGUGGAACACUAAAAGAAGUUUGGAAACUUACAAAAAUAUUCAAAUGUGUUAUUCCUGUGAGAUCCACAGAAGAAGAUCUUGAAUUAUUAGAUCUUUCAGCUCCUUUUCUUUUACAAGGAAAUAUAAAAUAUUAUGGGUGCAAGCAGUGUUCAACUCCAAAGCCUAUUAAGAGUCUGAGUUCCAUUGCAGCAGAACAACGACCAUCAUGGGAACCAACUGAAAUAGCUCAAGUUCUAGGUAUUGAGCUGCUCCAGUAUGUUUUUAUUAUGAAGUUUACACUGAUUGAUGGAACAGGAGCAUUAAACGCAUACCUUUUUGAUUAUGAAAAGUUCUUCCAAAUUCCUGCCUCUGAAAUCUUAAGUAAUAAUUUUCUUCAGCACAAGAUGCAAAUGACCAUGAAUACACUCUGUCCUCCGGGAGGAAAAUUAGAUGACUUGCCAUGGCUGGAAUGCUUCAUCAAAUCUUAUAAUGUCAGAGAUGGGAUGAAACAUCAAGUUUAUUACCAAAUUUUUGACACUACAGUUGCUGAAGAUGUAUAGUGAUGUGUUGCUAACAGGAAGUGAUUCACUUCCAAAGGGGAAAUGCGAGUGCCAGAAGCCCACCAGCUUAUCUCAGCAAGCCAACUUGGACACAAAUUGGAGGAAAAGAGCUGUAAUAAAGAACAGAUUCACUUUCAUACUGACUGUUGGUUGUUAUGAAACAUAAAGAAAGAUCAGUUUUUACAGUGAUUGUCAUAAUUUUGAAUGUCAUCUUCUCUACCCUUUUGUUCUCUUGGACAAUUGUACUUAUGGGUGUUAAUGGACAUUUUAUUUCUGUGCAAAUUCUCUUCCUGCAAAACCAGCUACAAACACCAGCUUAAAUUGUCUGAGAAAUCUUCUUUAAAGCUCAAUUUGUGUCUACAUUGAACACACUGAUGUUAAAGAAAAACGUGAAAAUUACGGUCAUUAUUACACAGGGAGGUUCUUAGGGCUGGAGAAAGAACCAUCCCUUGUUUCUGCCUUGGAACCUAAUGUUGAUCGCCACCUAAUACUAUUUAUUACCCAUAUACAAGCAAUUUUGAUA